AUGUUGCAGCGUUUCCAACUCCGCAUCGCAACCGAGGAUGACUUCCCGGAAAUCUACUCUAAACUCUGGGAAUCAUUCGAAAACCCCUUUCAGGGAGUCCUGCGACUGUUUUUCCCAAUCCUGAACAAUAACCGUGAAGCAAGUCUUCAGACAUGCAUCGCCAGUCAACUUGAAGAGUACCGCCAGCUGCAACCAACCGUGACAUGGGUCAAGAUCGUCGACACGCUGGACGGUGACAAAUUAGCGGCCGCAGCGAAAUGGUAUUUUUACAAGGAGAAUCCGCAUACAGGGCCGCAAGUCGGCCAGCUCGUCGCGGAUUGGUAUCCCGAGGGCAUUGGGAGGGAGUUCGCGACACUUGCUGCGAGGCAGUUUGAGCGGCCGCGGGAGCAAAUGGCGCAAAGACCGCAUGCCUUUCUCCAUAUUGCAUUCACACUUCCCCAGUACCGUCGGCAGGGACUAGGCCGGCUGUUCAUGGAUUGGGGCACGCGCAUCGCCGAUGAGCGCGGCUUAGAGGCCUGGUUGGAUGCCUCCGAGUUCGGGGCGCCAUUGUAUGCACAGUACGGGUUUCGCGUAGUCCUUGUGAACCGAGUAAAACCUGUACCGGAGCGGGAGCUCUCGGAGGAGGAAGUGAAGGAGUGGAAGCACUACGAGAACACUCUGUUACCGAUUGACGAAAUCGUUAUGUGGCGGCCGCCUGGGGGGAGGUAUGUUGAAGGGGAGACGGUGAAGCCGUGGGAGGUGGAAGUUUAG